UUAGCUGUUUCCCAUAUUGAGGCCAGACAGAAGGAGUUGCACACAGGGGAACACAUACAUACACCUGAAAUUGGUAGAAAAACGGCGGAAGAUGGAGGCAGUGAAGAGGUGGAAGUCAGACUGGAGGUAUCCCACCACUCUACUGUGCAUUUAUGGAUUCUUCAGCACGGUUAAACCCCUGGAGCCUUUCCUCAUCCCAUACAUGACAGGGCCGGACAAGAAUCUGACAACAGAGCAGGUUAAUAAUCACAUUUUCCCAGUGUGGACGUACUCCUACCUGUCUGUGCUGGUGCCGGUGUUCCUGCUGACUGACUGGUUGCGUUACAAGCCUGUGUUGGUGUUCCAGUGUGCCAUGCUCUUCAUCACCACAGCAAUGCUGCUGUGGACAAAAAGUGUACCGGCCAUGCAAGCCAUGCAGUUCUUCUACGGGGUGGUGACAGCCAGCGAUGUGGCCUAUUUCUCCUACAUCUACAGUGUGAUAGAUCUGAAGAGGUACCGGAAGGCCACUUCUUACAGCCGCAGUGUCCAGCUUCUGGGGUACACAGUCGGCUCUGUUCUGGGUCAGCUACUUGUCAGCUUCAACCUCAUGUCCUACAACAACAUCAUAGUGUUAACUCUGGUUCUCACCGUCAUCGCUCUCCUUGCCUCCUGCCUCCUGCCAAUGCCACAGCAGAGCAUGUUCUUUCAUCGCAGAAAAAAAGAGGGCGCGAGGGGCGAUGGAGAUGGGACUGUGGAUGCAACAGAACACGGAGGCAGAUCAAAGAUAACGCUGGAAGAAAUUAGAGAUGAAAAGGUGGACAAAUGUAGAGAAACAGAGGAAGAUGUUGUCAAAGGACAGGAAGAAAAAGGGCCUAAAGCUGAGGACUUUGAGGAGUCGGUUGGUGCAGUGAGCUGCACCCAAGUUCUCCUCCAGCUGUGGAGGGACUUCUGCCAGUGCUAUUCCUCCAGACAGCUGCUCUACUGGUCAUUGUGGUGGACAAUGGCCACUUGUGGCUAUAACCAGACUUUGAACUAUGUACAGGUGCUGUGGGAGCAUGUGCAGCCUUCUCAGAACCACAGCAUCUACAAUGGAGGUGUGGAGGCAGUGUCCAACCUGUUGAGUGCAGCUACAGCCUACGGUAUAGGUGCCAUUGAGGUGAAAUGGGACCAGUGGGGAGAGCUUGCCCUGGGUGGUUUCUCUGGACUCGGGGCAGCCGCACUUUUCCUCAUGACCUUCAUUGGCAACAUCUGGGUCUGCUACACUGGUUACGUCAUUUUCAAGUGCCUGUACAUGUUGCUGAUAACAAUAGCCAUGUACCAGAUUGCAGCUGGCCUGUCAAUGGAAAGAUAUGCACUGGUCUUUGGAGCAAACAACUUUGGAGCACUGGCUCUACAGACGAUUAUCACUUCUGUUGUGGUUGACAGUGGAGGACUGGGCCUGUCCAUCAUUCCUCAGUUCACCAUAUAUGCCAGCUACUUCUCAGUCAUUGCCGUUGUUUUUUCACUUCUUGGACUGUUUACCAUUUGGAGAACACAGAGAAACAAAAGAAAGACUACUCCUCCACACAAAAAUGAAUCUCAAGGCUUUGACGAACACAGAUUCUGAAUGCAAGAAAUUCGACACUGAUAGCUAAGGAAAAAGGAGGCACAGCCAGAGCAAGGCACAGGAGAGCAAAAGGGAAACAGAGAGCACAAGGGAACCUACCAAAGGGGGGAGGAUAACCCUGCCCAUGAAGAACCCUCAUCAAGCCUGUCCAGCAUGGCAAGAGCAAUCAGACAGACAACUGAAUCUCAAUUUCUACACUUUACUGUAUCUUUCAUCCCUCUUGCACACACCAGUGAGUGGCAACGCUAGUCCAGCUACACAUUUCCACAGUGAACAAGAUAGUGUAGAACUUUUUUCAUUUUCCUUUUCUACUUGUGUUUGGCACUUAUUGUUAUGGCAACCUGGGCAAAGGCUGCCACUUUGGGUGUGCAAGGAGAUCUAACAAAUAAUACAUUUGUUGUAUGAUAAUGUAACACACCUGCAAUAUUUUUUCAAAUAAAAUGUUUUUAAUCUCCACUCUUGUACUAACUAGUUUUUUUGGGUUGUGGACUAUCUGUGCUACACAUUCACAGA